AACCAAAAAUCUGUGAACCGCCCAUCAUUUCCUUUUGAGUUUUGUCUCUUUGUCUGAAUUGUUUAGAUUUUAGAAGAGAGAUUCUCGUACCAGUUCAGCAAUCUGAUCAUCUACACAUGGUUCCACUACAAUCUCUUCAAUUGCGCAGAGUCAACAGAUUCUUCAAACCCUGUUCUUCUCAAAUUGAGGUAAUUGUCUUUCUUUGAUCCUUCAGAUACAUUUCUUAUUGAUGUAACUCUCUCUCUCUCUCUACUCUACUCUCUUCCUCUCUCUUCAUCUCUCAGAGUUCAAUCAAACUAAACAUGCACAACAUUUAUAUUAGCUCAGGUUUAUCUUUUAGGAGCAAAGAGUCUCUCUCUUAUUCCUUCAAUGAUUUCUGUUACUUCUUACAUGAAAGAAUUGGUAAUACUUCAGCUUCACCAUGUGCUUGUUGUGCCUUUUCCGUUCACGGAGUGCCCGUAAACCCUAGAAUUUUGUAUGGGUUGAGGCAGUCCACUCUAAUUCACCGGUCAGCUUCUAGAAGACUGAUCCUGGGUGGUUUGGAUCGUUAUUGCCGGUUGCCCGUUUGUGAUCUCGAUAGAGUCUGUUAUCGAAUUUCAUGUUCUCUUAAGGAAAGUAAUCUUACUAGUAGGAGGAGGAGGCCCGGGAGGAGAGACGGGAAAUUUGGUUGUAUGGUUUGGGAGGAGAAGAGUGAGAGAUGCGACUUAGGUGUCGAUGGAAGUGCUGAAGCAAUGCUCAGCUUGUUGACUGAAGAAGUUAAUCAGAAGUUCUUCGGUGUUCGGGAGAAGAAUGCUAGAUCGGUAACAGGGAGAGUUCGGGUGGAGAAGAGAGGGAGAGCUGUUCACGAGUGUUCUAAAGAAGAAAAGGAGCAUGCUGGGACCUAUUCUUCAGAGGGGAGGGCUCGGGUUGAGCAGAGAGGAAGCGUUGUUAACGAAUGCUCUAAGGAAGAAAAAGAGCAUGCCGGGACCAAUUCCUUGGAGAGGAAAUCAAAGGGUGAAUACAGAGCUGUCAAAAUUAAAUCAAGAGAAGAAUUGUAUCAGCAAUCAGGACGGAGGGAAGCUUCUUCAAAUAGUGAGAAUCGUGGUGCAAGGACAGAUGGAUCCAGCUGCUCUUCUUACUACUCUGUGUCUUCGGGUGAUCUUGAUGACAGUGUGGAUGUUCAGGUCGAACAUGAAGAGCUUGUUGGAGAAUCAUCAAGUGAUAAGAAGGAAUCAAGGGGGUUCAGAGAGGAGGUAUUUGUGGGGGACAUUGUAGAAUCUGACAGGUAUGGUUGUGAUGAUACUGAAGAAUACAGGGGACUCUCAAGUCAGAGAAAGGCUUCUGUGCAGUCAGAUGCAAUGGGAAUUGAUUUUGAGUUAGAUUUAAGAAAGAAGACAGAGAAGAAGCUAACAGAAGUAUUGGUUGGGAAUACAGAAACAAGAAAAGAGUCCUCACAGAGGUUUUCUGCUGGAGUAGAGAUCCAUAAGAGUGGUACCAAAAGAUCUUCUACUUCCCAGAAUCAAUUGAAUGUGAGGAAAAAGGAUUCAAAUUCAACUGUUAACUUGACUGAGGAAACAAGAAAGCAAGACAAUCAAAUAGGUCUCCUAGUGAAUGAACAGCUUGAGUCAAGAAGAGAAUCCCAACUACACAAUAAAAUGUCAGAGAUCUGUCAAAGUGAUAUCCAGAUGGCCUCCAGCUCUCUAAAGCAAUCCAGUGGGAGGGAAGGGAACUUCAAUUCAGCUGUGAAUUUGAUCCAGGAGGCAAGAGAUAGACAUAGCCAAAUGGAUCAUGUAACCAUAGAGCAAGCUGAAUCAAGAUCAAAAUUACAGGCUUCACAACAGCUCAUGAAAAUGUCAGAGGCCCAUGUCAGUGAUACCAAAAGGACCUCCACUUCACAGAGGGUUUCUGAAUCUAGAAUUAACAAUAGGGUUGAAAAUUCAACUUCUAUUCUGCUUUCUGUUCAGGAGGGAAAUAAUCAGCAAAACCAAACUGAUCAAGAAUUUUCCAGUAGAACUGACUCAAAAUUUGAACCCCAGGAUCUUACCAAUACUGAAAAUAUUCUGGUACAGUCAAAUGAAAGAGAAAAACAAGCUAGUGAAAGUUUUGUAGAAAAAGUUGGCCUAAGAAGAAAAGAGUCCCAAAGGCCAAUCAAAAUGUCAGGCUUCCAUAAGAAUAGCACAGAGGGGAGCUGUAGUUUCCAGAGACCAUCAGAUUCAGUUCCACAAGGCCAAGAGCAACAAAUUGAUGCAUGGAAGGAAGAUGAGAGAAAUUCACAGGUAAUGAUUACACCUCCACCAUCUCAAUUAAUACCAACAGGUUCACCAAAUGUUAAACUGACUGGCAAUAAUGCAACACAAGAGCUUUCUAGUGAAGCCUCAGAAGGUAGCAUUAGCACUAUGUUUACACAUCUGCAAGGGGAAGCUUGUGGAACCACAACAGAUGAGACUUGUGGGAAACACCCAGGGCUCAUUUUCCAUGAAGAUGUAUUAGGUUCAGCUGAUCGGUUAGAGAAAUCCUCCACGCAUUUUGUAGGGGAAUUUGUAAAGAAGCUAAUAGAUGAAGUACCAACAUCUGAAAUACAGAAGCAAAGUACCUCUUCUGAAGAAACGAGAAUAUAUAAGGAUGAGAAAUAUAUGCAACAGACUUCGAGCCACUAUGCAUCCAAUGAAUUCCAGUCAACAAUGCAUUCUUCAAGACAGUCAUCUGAUGGUUCUGGAUCAAAGGGACCCCCCGUUGAAAUGUGGGAUGUUGUGGAACCAUCUUUGCAGGAAGCUCCUAAGACGGAAGCACCUGAAGAGACCGCUCCCACAACUGAGAGUGUUAUUGUCAGGAGAACUGGCAAGUCCUUGUGGAGUAUCAUUGGAGAUAUAAUCCGACUUCGCUGGGGUACACGUGCAGAAACUCAUAAUUCAGCUGCAAAAUCUAGUGGUAGGAGUUCAUCAAAUGAGUCUGUUAGCAGUGAUACAUGGUUUUCUGGACAUGAGCCAGAUGAUAAUGAUGAUGCAAACUUCAAAGGUGGAAGAAGAAACAGUCCUAAGGAGCCCAAAUCGGUUGAUCGACCGCAACAGGGGAAAACUGCAACUCAUAGACUAAGGGGAACCUUUGAAGCAACAACUUCCCUUGGUGGAAUGUCACAGGUUGAAGGCAAUAUGCCUUCUUAUUCAGGUCUGUCAGAAAGAGGGUCGACAUCCCAGGGUGCUUCCUCAGCACGUGGCGAGGAAGAUUCUAGUAGGAAGGAAAAUGGAAAGAGAGAUCAAAUUGUUUCUACCAAUAUUAGAACCACAGACUCAUCAUCACAAUCACCCCGACAACUCUUAAUAAGAUCUCCAGCCAUAGAUAUAUCAGAAAGCAGUAAAGUUGAAACAUCUACAAGUAACUUAAAAGCGCAGGUGGAACAACCAGUUGGAGAGAGGCUAGCUGAAACCUCUGGAACAGAGGGGAAGGAUGGGCAAUUGAAGCAUAGAAAGCUUCAGCGGGCCAAACAAGUCCCAAAAGAUAGAUUUGAUGAAUGGGAAGAAGCAUAUAAACUUGAAACUGAACAGAGAAAAAUCGAUGAAAUGUUCAUGAGGGAAGCACUGCUGGAAGCCAAGAAAGCUGCUGAUACUUGGGAGGUUCCUGUUGGUGCCGUGCUGGUACAAGAUGGAAAAAUUAUUGCCCGUGGUUGCAACUUAGUGGAAGAAUUGAGAGAUUCCACUGCCCAUGCAGAAAUGAUUUGUAUACGGGAAGCUUCUAACCUACUUCAGACAUGGAGACUUGCGGAGACAACACUUUACGUAACACUUGAGCCAUGCCCCAUGUGUGCUGGAGCAAUUCUUCAAGCUAGAAUCGAUACUUUGGUAUGGGGUGCUCCCAAUAAGCUUUUAGGAGCAGAUGGCAGCUGGGUUAGGCUUUUCCCUGGUGGAGGUGCAGAAGGAAGCGGAUCAGAUGUGCCAAAUCAACCUGCUGGCCCAGUCCACCCCUUUCACCCGAAGAUGAUGAUACGCAGAGGGAUAUUGGCAACAGAGUGUGCAGAUGUAAUGCAACAGUUCUUCCAGCUGAGGAGGAGGAAGAAGGAGAAGAAACCUGAGCCCCCAACUCCACCACCUUCAUGCCUGCCUAUUUCUAAUCACCCAUCAAAAUUUCUCUCUAAGAUGCAUGACAUCUUUAGCAUCAUGUUCUGCUUGUAAGAGUCGGAAAGAUUGCUGAUUUGGUCAUGACUGUAAAGUGGCACAGUGAAGCAUAAUCUUCUCAAUCUAAUUUGAGUUAAAAUUUUCUUCGGUUACAGA